AAAUGGGUAAAUGUUAUUGGCGUUAUUGGUAACAUCAAUGAUACACUCUUAUUGCGAAAAGUAUGACAGUCUGAUGAUGAAGUUACACAUUAAUCAAUGUCACUUUUUAUGAGGAAUUUAUGCUUCUAUACAAAUAAAGCCCUACAUGCUCAUACGCAGUUAAACACAGUGCGAGAAAUGCCCAAGUCGGGAAAGAAGAAAGGAGGGAAGUCAGAAUCAGCGAAGCAAAAUGACACAAUUACCGAGGGUCCAAUUACUCUCGAUAAAAGUGGAAAUGUCUCCAUCAAAAUUCAGGCGAAACCUGGAGCCAAGCAUAACAAUGUCACAGACAUUUCUGAUGAGGCAGUUGGUGUGGCAAUAUCUGCCCCACCAGUUGAAGGUGAAGCAAAUACAGAACUUGUCAAAUAUAUAGCAUCUGUUCUAGGUUUAAGAAAAUCGGACGUAUCCCUCGAGAGAGGAUCUAGAAGCCGGCACAAAACAAUUCUCGUUUCUGGUUCAACUGUGGAAAAAGUUACGGAAAAACUAAAGGCUGAAAUGGAAAAUUGAUAAUAAGAUCUAGAAUUUACAAUUAAAUAUUUAAAAUUAAAGAACUGGAGAUACCUUUACAUCAAUGUACAAUAUUUUUAUUAUCAAUC